GCUGGGGCGGCCCGGAGUCUUCGGCUCGCUCUGUCAGUGCUUGCAGCCCCGCGGCGGCGGUGGCGGCAGCGUUGGCAGCACCACCAUGUUUCUUCACUCGGUCAACCUCUGGAACCUGGCGUUUUAUGUCUUCAUGGUCUUUAUGGCGACCCUGGGGCUGUGGGAUGUCUUCUUCGGUUUCGAGGAGAACAGAUGCAGUAUGAGCUACAUGUUUGAGUACCCCGAGUAUCAGAAAAUAGAACUUCCAAAGAAAUUGGCAAAACGCUAUCCAGCAUAUGAGUUAUAUCUUUAUGGAGAAGGAUCCUAUGCCGAAGAACACAAAAUUCUCCCUUUGACAGGAAUUCCAGUUCUCUUUCUUCCUGGUAAUGCUGGAAGUUACAAGCAAGUUCGUUCUAUUGGCUCUAUUGCACUUAGAAAAGCAGAAGACAUUGACUUUAAGUACCACUUUGACUUCUUUAGUGUGAAUUUCAAUGAAGAACUGGUGGCAUUGUAUGGGGGAAGUCUUCAGAAGCAGACCAAGUUUGUGCAUGAAUGUAUUAAAACAAUUCUCAAACUUUACAAGGGUCAAGAAUUUGCUCCAAAAAGUGUGGCAAUAAUUGGUCAUUCUAUGGGUGGACUUGUUGCAAGAGCAUUACUUACUCUGAAAAAUUUUAAACAAGAUCUGAUAAAUCUUCUCAUUACACAAGCCACACCUCAUGUUGCUCCUGUUAUGCCAUUAGAUCGUUUCAUUACAGAUUUUUAUAUGACUGUAAACAACUAUUGGAUUCUAAAUGCUCGACAUAUAAACUUGACCACGCUUUCUGUAGCUGGAGGAUUCCGGGAUUACCAAGUUCGUUCAGGACUGACUUUUCUACCAAAAUUAAGCCAUCAUACCAGUGCCUUAUCUGUUGUGAGUUCAGCAGUGCCUAAGACCUGGGUCUCAACAGACCACCUCUCCAUUGUGUGGUGUAAACAAUUGCAGUUGACUACAAUUCGAGCCUUCUUUGAUCUUAUUGAUGCCGAUACUAAACAAAUUACUCAAAAUUCCAAGAAGAAAUUGUCAGUUUUGAAUCACCACUUUAUAAGACAUCCUGCAAAACAUUUUGAGGAAAAUCCGUCAAUAAUUUCUGAUUUAACAGGGACAUCCAUGUGGGUUCCAGUAAAAGUGUCCAGAUGGACCUAUGUGGCUUACAAUGAAUCUGAUAAGAUAUAUUUUACAUUUCCUCUUGCAAAUCAUAGAAAAAUCUACACUCAUGUCUACUGUCAGAGCACCAUGCUGGAUACAAACAGUUGGAUAUUUGGCUGCAUAAACAGCACUUCUAUGUGCCGGCAAGGAGUUGAUUUAUCAUGGAAAGCUGAACUUCUGCCAACAAUUAAGUCUCUGACGUUAAGACUUCAAGACUAUCCAUCUUUGUCUCAUCUUGUUGUUUAUGUACCAUCUAUUCAUGGAAGUAAGUUUGUUGUAGAUUGUGAAUUCUUUAAAAAAGAGACAAGAUCCAUACAGCUUCCUGUAACUCAUCUUUUUUCCUUUGGACUAUCUUCAAGGAAAGUAGUAUUAAAUACAAGUGGCCUAUACUAUAAUAUAGAGCUUCUGAACUUUGGACAGAUAUACCAAGCUUUUAAAAUCAACGUGGUAAGCAAGUGCUCAGGAGUCAGAGAAGAAAUAACUAGUAUCUAUAAACUUCAUAUUCCCUGGUCUUAUGAAGAUUCACUAACCAUUGCACAGGUUCCAUCUAACACAGAAAUUUCUCUGAAACUUCAUAUUGCUCAACCAGAAAAUGACAGCCAUGUUGCAUUGUUAAAAAUGUACACAUCAUCAGAUUGUCAGUAUGAGGUGACAGUUAAGACAUCCUUUUCACAAAUACUUGGACAGGUAGUUAGAUUUCAUGGUGGAGCUCUUCCUGCUUAUGUUAUAUCUAGUAUCCUUCUUGCUUAUGGAGGACAGUUAUACUCUCUUUUCUCAACAGGUUAUUGCUUAGAAUAUGCUACCAUAUUGGAUAAAGAAGCCAAACCAUAUAAAGUUGAUCCUUUCGUAAUUAUUAUUAAGUUUCUUUUGGGGUAUAAAUGGUUUAAGGAAUUAUGGGACUUAUUAUUGUUACCAGAAUUAGAUGCCAUUGUUUUAACUAGUCAGAGUAUGUGUUUCCCCCUUGUAUCCUUGAUUCUCUUUCUAUUUGGAACAUGUACUGCCUACUGGAGUGGCCUACUGUCUUCUGCAUCUGUGAGACUCCUUUCCUCAUUAUGGCUAACUUUGAAAAGACCCUCUGAACUUCCUAAAGAUAUCAAGAUGAUAUCACCAGACUUACCUUUUUUGACAGUUGUUUUGAUCAUAAUUAGUUGGACAACUUGUGGAGCACUUGCCAUACUUCUUUCUUAUCUUUACUACGUAUUUAAGAUUGUUCAUCUGCAAGCCAGCCUCACAACUUUUAAAAAUAGCCAGCCCGUGAAUCCCAAACACUCUAGAAGAAGUGAAAAAAAAUCCAAUCACCAUAAAGACUCUUCAGUACACCAUCUUCGUUUAUCUGCCAGUGAUGCUGAAGACAGUCUUCGCAUGCACAGUACUGUGAUUAACUUAUUAACAUGGAUCGUAUUACUCAGCAUGCCAUCUUUAAUUUAUUGGUUAAAAAAUCUUAGGUAUUAUUUUAAACUUAAUCCUGAUCCAUGUAAACCUUUGGCAUUUAUCCUUAUUCCAACUAUGGCAGUUCUUGGAAAUACUUACACAGUUUCAAUAAAAUCAAGUAAAUUGUUGAAGACUGCCUCACAAUUUCCACUUCCUCUGGCUGUUGGUGUGAUUGCUUUUGGGUCAGCACACUUAUACAGGGUUCCAUGCUUUGUCUUCAUACCUCUCUUACUCCAUGCAUUAUGCAACUUUAUGUAAGACUGGACUUACAUGAUGAUAAAGAUGAUUUAUGCCUUUAGGGCCAGUAAUAAGAGUGAACAUACAGAUCCACCAAUAUGGGCAGCAAGAUCCUUUGGAGAAGACAAGUCUAUUUUUACAGUAUUGAAAAUAGGAAAUUAGUUUUGUAAUGCUUGAGGAAAACAGAUGAAGCAUGGUUUUGUUUUGUGGUGUGGCAUCUAGGUAUUAGUCAUUUUGCAAAAUUAGUGGAGAAAUAUGAUGGCCCCUGGCUUUGAGGACUCCUGUGCAUAUCAUCUAGUCUACUUCAUCAGCCAUACCAAGGAUCUUUUUCUAGAGACUCAGUAGAUACAACAUUGUUUGUAGUCUCACAUCAAACAUUCUGCUUGUUUCAUCAAGCUUUCUUCUGUAGGUUGUUUUAUAUUUGCUAUCUGUUUUCUAUUUUCAAUAUGUAAUCUUACAUAUUGAAAAAGAAGUCCUAAAAAUUUGACCAAAAAGAAAAAAAUGAAAGAAAGAAAAGACUGACAAAAUCCACUCUGUUUGGUUUCUCAGAAGUUAAAUUACCACAAAGAGUCUUUGGUUGGUUUUCGGCAGCCAGGGUGAACAGAAUAGACCUUUUGUCUUCUUACAUCUAUGGAAAUAAAGCUUUGAAUUAUAAGGAGACCUGCUUUUUGGUAACCAGAGCAAGACUGAUGAUGGAAACAUGAUUCAGACUCAAAACAAUGAAAUUCUGUUAUCAUAUAUUCUUGGUGAAUAUCAGGGCAUCAUUUAAGAAAUCUGUUGUUAAAUUUAAAGAACAUUCUCACAGAUAUUGGGAUUGGAGUAGUUUGUUUGGUUUAUACCAUUUGAAUAAUUCAUUGCAUCCAUGGUUGCCAAAAGAUUUUCAGGCUAUGAUAGAUUAUUGAAAUAACAACUCCAGUGGUCAGAAACAACUAUAGGUUUGCACCAUUUUUUGUCUACUGUGAAAAAAAAAUCAACAUGAUCACAAGUAUAGUAUCACAUUUGAUGUGUGAAACUAUACUGUAAUGGGAUAACAGUAAACAGGUAUUAUCAUAUUAAUAGCAUAAAUAUAAACAAUACACCUCAAUAAAUUGGGAUGUUAGCCAAUAGAUUUAACAGUAGAAUCUUGAUUUGCCUAUGUGACUUCUAGAAUUACUGUUUGACAAAUAAGAGUAACGUUUCUAUUUCAUUUCAAAUUUUGAUUCACUCUUAAUAACAAAAGUUUGAAGAAGGUGAUGGAGCAUAGUACAAGAAAAUAAUACUCUUUGCCUUCACAUAGAAUAAACUCAGGCUGAAGUAUACCUGGCUCAUAGAGCCCUUCUUUUAGAUGUGUGUGCUAUAAAUACUCCAAACCUCUUAAGUAAUGUCCUUAAGUUUGGUGAUUCCAUGGUCACACAUGUAAAAUUGUGUCCUUGUUAGUACCCUGGGACGUCCUAGAGAAUCAGUUUUAUUUCAUCUGCCAUUGUAUCUGGAUUCCAUUGCAACCUCUAAGCUGUUAAUUCUAUAGAGGAUCCCUUCCACUUUAAUAACUGUGGGGCAUUAACUCAUUUCCCUUCUUAAUUCCUCCUCAGGUCCUUGUUUUUAGCAUUAGUCAGAGAAGGUCUUAUUCUCACCUGAGGGUUGUAAGUUUGCAUGAUUCCGUUGUUGUCAUUUUCAGUUUUAUGCUUAUUGUUCAAUAUUCAUAUUAUCACUUACCAACACCAUUAAAGUGGAGGCAUAGUAAACUUAGAGACAUACCAGACUUUUAUUUGUUUGAGAGAAAUAGCAAAAAUAAUAAACCACAAAAUGCUUGAAUGUUCAAUACCUGAGAGGAAAGAGAUUUUUAUUAGAUUAUACACUUGUCUCUGUGGCAAACCACAUAUAUAUGUGGGAGUGUACUUACCAACAAGUUCUAAAGUCUUACUUAAGCCAACAAAAUAUUUCAUUUUAAGGACUACAAAAUUAAUUAAACAUUUUAUAAACAGUAGUACUUUAGGUCAUUAGCCAUUAUAUUUGUAUGUAUACAAAUAUACAUACAUAUACACAUUUUUGACAGGGUCUUCAUCAAGCACUUUAAAUUCAGGUAGCUACCAGAGGUGAGAGGUAGGUUCCAUCUGAGGAUUAGCAAAAUGGAUUAUUUCUAUCAUUAGGAAAACUCCUUGGCCUAUACAUUACACACUGUGGGAAACAUGCUUACAAUCUUUAUUAUCCUACAAAACAGCACAGAUCUAUUAGCAGAGUUACUGAAAAGGAAAUUAUUUAUUGGCAGCUAGAGAUAAUCUAGUUCUGCAAAUUUCUGUGUUCUCCUAAGGCAUUUUUAUUUAGAAAAUUAUCAAGUUUUGAGCAAACAUUUUUGCAUAUAAAAUAAUUCCUAGACAUUGUUGUUGAUACUAGAUCGGAUAUAGAUUGGACAGGGGAAAACAUUGGAUACUUUCCGUGUUUCUAAAGCCUCCCCUGGAGUUGCUGCUGUUAUAAUCUAGAACUGAUAAUAUGAUAGAAAUCAUUAACAUGGUGUUUGGUAGUGGGGGUAGGUCCCUGGGAUCCAGCCCAGGCCCUCUCACGUGCUAAGAACACACUCUACCACUGAGGCAUACCAUCAGCACCUGUUAAACUUUUUUAUUUCUGGAUCAUUUUCAUGCCAGAGUUAAAUUAGUUUCUUAUUUUCUUCAUUUUUGCCAGAAUGAAAAUAUUUAAAGCAGUGGUUUUUAAAAAGCCACUAUGCCUUUUUUAACAUUGAUUUUGAAUCCCUUUCAUGUAAUAAUUAUUUAAUAAUACAUUGAUUAAUCUUUUAAUAUUUUGGUCAGAUAAACUCAGAUGUGUAUGAUGGAAUUCCUUUUCUUGGAUGAACUAACUAUACUAAUAUCCACAUGAUAAUUUAGUAAAGAAAAAUAAGGAACUAUAGUAGGUAGGCCUACUAAAUGUUUGUUACUGCUUAUUUUAUCACUCGUUUAGACACUACUUGUUAUAAAGUAGGUUGUUUUUUUUCAUUUUCUAGUUCCUAUAGCUUCCUUGACUCUCCAGCCUUCUCAUUUAUAGCAUAAUGUGUUCAUUUAACCUGACUACCUGUUAGCAUUUCUUAAAGAAAGUGUUCAAGGGAAAUAAAAGGAAAUAAAACACACCUUUCAAUGUAGCUUUUUAAAGCUCUGGGAAAAAUAGGGAAACAUAAAUAAAAAUCUGAUUCCUGAAUCUCUAGAUAAAUCACUUGGCCUAAUUUCCAUCUUACAUUGGUUCUAAAUUAGUGUAAUGUCUUAUAUUAUUAUUUAGUUUAGUGCAAAACCUUAGAGUGCUGCAUUUGAAAUUUUAGGAAAUGGUUACUAAAACCAUUUGAGGAAAACCCAAAAAGGUGUUGAGACUUUCUUUGACGAGGCAUUUGUUGAUUAUUUUUCAUCAUCACAUUGUGUUUUCUCAGUGUUGUAGGAUUUUUUGAAUUUGUAUACCAUAGGAAACAAAAUACCUUGUGAAGUUUAUUAAAGGGGAAAAUCAAUUGGGAGACUGUGCCAUUUGCUCACCAGAAUAAAAGGGAGCAAUAAAAGUUAUCUUUCUUUCAGGAAAUUAAACCCUGCCAGGAAAACUUUCUUAGCAAAUAAAUGUAAAGGCAGAAGAUACUUUUACAAAAUUAUGUGGAAGCUGAACUUUUAUCCCAGUCUUUUUGAACUAAGAACAUUUCAAAUUCUGAAGUUUAUUUAUACACAUUACUCAUGGAUUCUUUCACAAUAAGUUUUAGUAAAUUGAGAAAAUAAGCAUUUACUUUUCAUAAGGACAAUAGGAAAGAAAAUUUGAGUCAGUGAUCCAAGUGCAAAUGUGUGUACUGUGAUUGCUCAAGAAUUCAUAUUGUUUUAAAUAAAUUAUAUUAUGAAUAGGGAAAACUGAAUUUUAUAUCUUAGUAACUUAGUUCAAAGAACAGAAAAAACUUUGGAAAUAGAAUAGACAAACUGUUAUUGCAUUAAUAAUAUAAAUGUGACAAUACACCUAAAUUGAUAACAGCGUUGUUCAAAAGUUAAGUGAUAUUCUAAGAUACAUCUUGAUUAAAUUGUCUUAGGUUAAUGCUUUUUAAAUCAAGUAAAGUACUUUCUAAAAGUGUUUGGCAUGUUAUGCUGCUCAAAAUGUAAGAUUUUAGAUACCAGGAAACCAGUUAAUUUCUGAGGAUUUUGCAUAAGAUUCAGAUCAAUCUGUAAACAUUCUGUACAUUGUAACUUUCAACAUUUAUGAAAAACUAUCUGUUGGUGUAUUUUAAUUAGGAUAAGUUUGUUCGAAUAUUCAAAUUCUAAUCCUAGUUUAGGAAAUCUAAAAGUAGCCAUUUUUGUAAAGUUCAUAUGCUAUUUUUAAUGUUAUUUUGACUUUUAGUAUUUAUAUAGUAGUAAUGUUAUGAGUAAAAAAAAUUAUAGACAAAGCAUAGCUAUUAACUGUUCAAAAGCCUAAAUGAUAGGCAUAUUUUGUAUUUCAUGUUGCACUUGUUCUGUUUCAUAUUGGACUUUUACAUCCUUUUUUAGGAAGAAAAUACAUUUGAAUUCUUAUUAGCAUCAAAGCUCUGUAUUGAAAACUGACUGUAUUAAUCUGCUAAACAUACUUUACCACCAAAGCUAAAUGAAAUUGUAAAAUACCUCUGGAUAUUUGUGCCAAUGAAACUUUCUUAACAUAUUGGGAUUAAAGCAAAAAUAAUCUUUUUCAGUGUUCUUCAUUUAGGACUUAUAAUAAAUGUGUAUAUCAUGAAAAUUCCAUAUUCUAAUUUUUCUUUGAAAAUACUCAAUUAUGGUAUAGUAUAUUAUAUUUUGUAUGAUUUUUUAAUGUUUUGAUUUUAUUUGGUAAAAAUCAGGUCACCCAAUACUGACCUUUCAUCAUUGACAUAAUCAUUUGAAAUAAUUUUGGUUUUGAUUAAUUUUGUGAUAUAAGACAUUAAUUUUUGUUGUAUAAGUAUGGGUGUCUUAUUUAUGUUAAUUGAAAGUUUGCAAUUUCUUUUGUUUUCUAUAUGUUUCCACUCAUUCCCUUUAUAUGGUCAUAUGGGGAAAUUAUCCACCAGACCCUAGCAAAGUAUAAUGAAAUAAACUUUUUAAUAUGUGAAUCUUAAAGGAAAAUAUUAUAAAACAAUCAAAAUGUUAAUGCUAAAGGUUACAUUAAUAUGGUGGUACUUGUGAGAGAAAAGUGGAAAUAUGAUAGGCUCAGAAACUGCUGUUUAUCUACUUGAAAUGCUUUAAUUUCUCAUAUAAAUUUUAAGGAUGUUUCAGACCUUCAUAGUGUUUCCCAUCAUUUAAUCACAUUUCUCUGCCCAGUAAUGUUGAUACAGUUUGCAUAAGUAUUGUUGGAAGUAAAGACAUAGCACAGAAAAGCAAAUGUUGAAAUAUUUGGCCUUGAUUUAAUAACAGUUUAUCCAAUUAUCUAAUGGGGACUGUGGGUGAUAUUAGUUAAAAGACAAUGUACAAAAUCUGAAUUUACUAUAUACUGUCCUUUGGAAUGAGUUUGUCCUCUGUGUUGAACAAUUUAUCCUAAAUAGGAGAUAUCUGUAUUUUAACAUAAUCAUGCUUUCUACAUUGUCAAAUAGGUAUUUGAUGUAAUACUGAUAGAAAUAACUUUGUCCUCCUCUGUUGUGGGGGUGGGAAGAAAAUCCAAUUUUUAGUGUGUAUAUAUAUAUUAGGAAAUUGUAUUAUGUAUUUACAUUUUUGAAAACAUAAAAAUGACUUAAAUAUAUUAUUUUGAAGUGAUUGUAUUACAGUUUCUUAAACUUAAGACUAACUAUAAAUGUAGCAACAUACCCAUGAGAAACCAGACCAAAAUUAAAUAUAUAUCACUGUGACCUUUAACUUGUAGUCAUUUGGAGUAAAAAAGACUGUGCCUUAAAAUGAUAAAGAAAUGCCCUGCAAUUUUAUACCUGUAUAUUUUAUUGUGGGUGGCCUUUUCAAACUGGUCCCAAAUCCUUUUCUUUGAAGUUGGAGAAAAAUUUUAAAAGCUGACUAGUAGUUCACUUAAUAUUUGCAGAACUAUUGUUCUUGAGGCCGCCCUUAAUUUCCAGAGUUCUUGUUUUCAAAUUAAGAUUAACUUAGGCCACAUAGAUGUAGAAAAUUAAGUUUGGCUAAAGUUUUUGUAAAACAACAACAACAACAUUAUUUUAGGAGAAGGUCAUGGCACCUAUGAACAUAUUGUACAUAGAAAAUCAAAUCUUCAAAAUGUAAUUUUUUUGUCAUAUUAAUGAGUAGUCUAACAAAGAUGCAAGCUCUUUCCUAAGACCUGUAUUCAUUUUUCUGUAGAUUGUUGAGGUUUGUGUUUGUAUGUGUCAAGUAAGAUUCAUUUAUCCAAUAAUGAUUUUUUAGCAAUUAAACUCAGAUUCAUGUAGUAUAUUUUUAACAUUUUUCUCUUUUCUUUUUCCUUCCUAGUUAUUUUUAAGAUACCAAGAUAAAACUGGCUCCAGUUUUUAUUUGCUUGUUUUUAAUGUAUAGUCUUGUAUCUUUACUGUGCUUAUUUAAAAUAAUGGCACAAUUUCUAUUAAAGUUCGAAUUAUUCCAUUUAUAAGAAAGUCAUGUUUUCUGCUAAAAGAUGCCCACAUUUCUGUAUUCUCAGAGUGUGUGUUUUAUUUCUCAAUUUUAGUUUUGAACAUAGACUCAACAUAUUUGUUCCUUCUAUUUUACCUCCACUACCAUCCCUCAAAGACAAGAAGGUAGGUUUCUCUAAAACUAUAUAGAAAGAUGUUAUGUCUUUCCGUCAAGACUGGUCAAAUUGACAAGAAAAUAAUUUGGGCAAGGGUAUGUAGUAAAUAAGUGGCUUUCAACCUACAUCAAUUUUUAUAUCACAGUUAAAAAUUUUACAGAGGACAAAGUUUGUUGUUCUGAGAUAGACUCAGUAAGAAAUCAUUUAUUAGCAAAUUGAUUUUGUUCUCAUCCAGAAAGUACAUUGGAUAAUAACAGUACUUAAUAGUGCAAAGGAACUUGUCCUGUAGUAUAUAUAUUGAAAAAUUAUUGUCACCUCGAGGAUCUUUCCAUUUAAACAUGCAUGAUCUUCUCCAGUACUUUGUACAAUGUAUGGUGUACUAAAUACACUUAUGUGUAAUUUUGUGUGUAUUUUUGGUAUGAUGUAAUUAACAUUGUUACAUUUAACUGGUUGUAAUUCAGAAAAAGUGCUACUUAUUGUGCUUCAUAGAGUGUUGUGAAUUUUUUUUCUUAUGUUUCCACAUUAUGGUGUAAGUUUAUAGAUGAAUAUUUGCCUUCAGUCUCUGCUCAGGUAUUAAUGUGUAGCAAUUUUGGUGCUUUCUUUUUAAUGUCAUAAUCUGGUGUUCUGAAUGUUCAAAAAUAAAUUUGGUGAAUAAGCACA